CAUCCUCGUCUAAACCUCAUUUCACUAUUUUUGUUUUUUCUCACGUUUUACUUUACUUCAUUUUCAGUAAAAACAGUUGCUAAACCAGAGAAAAUCUCCACUUUUGAAGAUGAGCCCACUGCAUCCUCACCGUUAACGCAAGAAAAGUGGGAAGGCUGGGAGCCUUUGGAUAUGUCAGAGUACGAGGCAAGCGUAGAGUCAGUACAUAGCGUAGUGAGAGAUUUCCAGCACCAGAUGUCCAGUUAUCCUAGAAACUCCAUCUUAUAUUCGCCCUCCGACGACUCAAGCUCUAUACAAACUUCUUUUCUGGAGGAGGAGUUCCAUGCUCCUAGACGCGAGUCCAGUUCCAGCGUUGAAGAUUCUGGCAAGCCCAAAGAAAAACCAUUCAAAUGCAACUGCUGUGUGAUGUCAUUCACGCGCCCCAGCGAUCUUCAACGUCAUUUGCUGAUCCAUAACAACAACAAGCCAUACAAAUGCGAAGAGUGUGACCGUGAAUUCACGUGGUUUGGAAACUUUCAGAAGCACGUGCUGUCGCACAUGGGGGGCAAUUCCAGAACGCCUGGGACUUUGCCCUUUUCAGCCAUGUUCACGUUCCUGGCACGUGAACAAGUUAAGGAGCUUUUCAUCAAAGAUGGGGACAAGUAUAAGUGUCGCUUGUGUGCAAAGGAUUUUACUCGGCUCAGCGGCUUGAAAACGCACAUUCGCAUGCAUACAGGAGAGAGGCCUUACGUCUGUGAAGUCUGCUCGUUUGCUUUUACUACGUCACGUGCUCUCAAGAUGCACGUGCGCCUACAUACUGGCGAGAAACCAUACAAGUGCGGGGAAUGUGGGCGCGCUUUCACCAGAAGAGAUGAGAUGCAUACCCAUAUGUACAUUCAUAAAGGUAAGUUUACUCAUGCGUUACUCUGUUCUCGAUGGGACGCAUAUAUAAAUUUUCUUUUCUCUUUUUUACGUGGUACCAGGAACUUUUCUUUCUUUUCCUCUUGUUUUGUUGAAAACCGAAGAGAAGAGGCAAAGAAACGUAACAAAAGUUAUUCUCAAGGUCUAAUACCCUCUCGAAACAGCCGCAUCAGAACUAGCAAAAGUUAAAAAGCAAUGAAAAUCAACAAGCGCUGUAUGCAUUGUUAAGUUGCUGGGAAGGUGAGGCGCUUAUUUGAUGGCCGCACUUUUCGAGUGAAUAUGUUAUUUAAUUAUGCUAUCGCAUCCUCUUUUGAACACAGUUAUUUCAAUUAGAUCACUUUAUAAAUAAGGUACAGGAAAUCAGUUAUAGGUGAUAGAAUUUUUAAGGUUUUGUAACUUUUUUUGUUAUCUUAUAUUAACUUUCUAAUUCAUUACCAACAGGAGAGAAGCCAUUUAAAUGUGACAUCUGUUCAGCAUCUUUUAUCCGCUAUGGUCAUCUACAACGUCACUUGCUGAUUCACAGUGAUGAUAAACCUUACAAAUGCAAGGUCUGUCCUAAGUCCUUUACCCAGUACCGCAACCUACAGACCCACAUGUACAAGCAUACAGGAGAAAGGCCCUAUCGUUGCAGGUAGGUAUAGUAACAGCUUAACCUGGGGGAAGAGGGGAACUCUCUUAUAAGCCUAACCUGAUAUGUGCUAGGGAAGAUAGUAGAGAGCUUAAGCAAAGACGGAGCGACGGCAACGCAAACGGCAAAAAAGCAAUGGGUUUAUUAAGCAAAACAACAACUUUGCACUUGCACCACACUUUCUUGUACAUUUCUUUGUCGUUACUGCACGACCAAAGAGUGAAACUAGUAGUUUCACGUUUUAUGAAGACUGACGUGAACACAAGACAACAAUUGCCUUUUUUGUCUGAACUUAGAUACAGUCAUUUAGAGAUAAUUCCAGAAAAAUUCCGGCCUCAAUAUUUGACAAAUUGAAUGAAAUAGGAUAAGAUUUUUUUUUUGAAAGUGACGUUUUAGUUGUCGUUGCCAUCGUGGUUACCUAAGCUCCCUUGUAUGGUUUUCAGUACUCAAGUGGUAACUUAACACUCGAAUGUGAAAACGAGGUUUACUUCUCGACCCCAGGGGGGUGGGAGACACUCCCCUAUUCGGUCCAUGAAAGAACCAGGUAUGAUUUUCGGGGUCUCGAGUCUUCUUCAGUUUCAAGAGCCGAUUACUAAUCGGUUCCUGGCAGGGUAAUAUACAAUUUCACUUUUCGCGUCUUGAACAGGGUGUUCUAGUCGCCACCAUGACCAGAAACUGGGCCGAGUUGACUUCUGGGACUGUUACUAUGGCAACAGCUGACCAGUGCUUUCCCAGUCACGAUCCCAGAAACAAUAGACCUUGUCACGGUUUUCGACGCCAUCUUGACGAGUAGGCAAACGCUUGAGAAAUUACAUUGAUUGUAUGAGAAUCUAAUGUCGAAUAAUUUCCGUAGUACGACUGUUCUGAAAUGAUAUGAUUUGUAAACUAAAGCUUCACUCCUAAGGAUUCUCUUUUGAGGGCGUUACAUGCACUAGAAGACCUAGAGCCACUUUUUAAAAUUUUUUAUACAUUUGUCUGUAAGAAAGUCCCGGGAAAAUUACAGACAAAUAUAUGGAAAAUCUAAAGCAAGCCUCCGGAGAAAUUUAAUCACAGGUACGCCCCCCUAAAAUUUUUUAGGAAAAUCCUUGGCUUUGUAGCUUUAGUUUACAAUUGAUUUUUUUUUCAGAACAGGCGUUUUACGGAAAUUAUUCGACAUUAGAUUCUCAUACAAACACUGUAAUUUCUCACACGUUUGCCUACUCGUCAAGAUGGCGUCGAAAACCGUGACAAGGUCUAUUACGGGACGCAUUUAGGCUCCAUUUUUUUUUCUUGUUUCUAAAGUGGAAGCCAGUUCACAAGAGCGUGAUUGGAGGUUGCGAUGAGCGGUCUACAUGGCAAAAUUAUAUAAUUCGCUUUUUCGUCAACUAACUUUCUAGUGAAAACAGAGAAAUCCUUAGUUAUAAAGGGAUUUAGCCUUUGUCUAACUUUUGUAAUUCUUAUCGAUAUCACGGUUUGAAAUUUUGUAGUAAAGAACUAAAACAUCCUUUCGAGAUAUUGGUAAAUUUUAUUUCAAAAACUAUGCAUUCUCAACAUGCUCAUAAAAGCAUUUACUCGUGGGUAAAGCGUGCUGCAUUCAAAAGAAGUCAAAUAAAAUCAAUUAGAUUCAUUCAUUCUUCUUUUUUCCUUCCCUCCUUUAUUCCAUUCUCUUUCCAUUCACUUAGGUAUUGUCCCAAAGGUUUCACCCAAUAUGGAACUCUUCAGGCGCACGAAAGGACACACACCGGAGAAAAGCCAUUUCAGUGCCAGUUCUGUGACAAGGCUUUCAUUACGUCAUCGCAUCUUAGAUGGCACAUCAAGACUCAACAUAAUACCAAGAAAGAAUAG